UCCAUAAAUAAAAGUACCAAAUUUCAAAAUACCGUCAACUCAACGAUAUAAAAAAUUUUCAGAGGCUAGCCACAUAUCGUAUAUCAUUAUUGUACAUAUUGAACACAAUAGAUCAAGUUUUUAAAGUAGAGGUAACUUCCACUCCUGUAAAACCACAAGAAAGUGCUGAAGUGAAAAUUAUAUUCAAACCGAAUGUUGUGGGUUUAUCUUAUACAGAAUAUUAUAUAGUUGACGAUACUUACGGGAACAGUUACAGAAUAACUGUAACGGGCAAAUGCUUCGGACCAAAGGUGAUAUUAAGUAAGAAAAAAAUUACUUUCACGAUUUGCAAGAAUGUAUCAGAGCAAAGGAAAGACACGAUUAAUAUCCUAAAUAAAACUAACGUUGACACGACUUACCAAUGGCUUCUGCCAUAUGGUGGUCAAGGAUUCUUCCAAAUUUCAACGGGCAGCUGUGGCUUGAUUCGAGCUUUUGAAAAUAUCCCAACGACCAUUGCUUUUACUGGUGUUGCUUUAGGCUUGUAUACAGCUGAAUUAGUUUUCUUAGUAUUGAAUCAGGAACCAUUAUUUGUAAGUGUUAUAGCCACAGUUUCAUUGCCGGCUAGCAUCUCUUAUAACGUAGACGAACAUGUGUUUGAGAAGCAUUGGAAACGUAAAAGUCGUUAUCACUAUUACAUGGAGAAUAGUCUCAACCGUUUGACUUACAUACCCUCAGCCUCAGUUUAUGAAAGAUAUCUCGACUUUGGUAUGGGAAGUCCAACAGAUAUCAGCCUGAAUAUAUCACAAACACUUUGUGUCACUAAUCACGAACCAGUGGAGGGUUAUAUGCAAUGGAUACCAGACCCCGAUAAUAUAUUCUUAGUGGAUCCAAUCGAUGCAGUGAUCCCUUCUAAUGAAUCAAGAUUAUUUACUAUACGGUUCAGGCCGAAAAUCGAAAAUGAUGCAUAUGGAUACUUACUAUGCGGCGAUUAUCAAUAUAAAGUCGACACAACAGAAGGACCAGUUAAAUUCAAACACACUUGGGUCCGCAUACCGUGUAUUGGUAAUACAUGGUCUCCCUGCACUGAAUGGUUAACAGCUUGGGACUGUCCUAUUGAGGUCACUCUACCACCAACUGUUCCAGCUCGGACUACGUUUACUAACUUCAUGUUGUCCAAUAAAUUGGAAAUACCGAUGUAUUUUAAAUUCCAAGCGCCUUAUAAAACAAAUUUUGUAGUAAUGCCAAUGUGUGGAAUAGUUCAAGGCCGAGGCUGGCAGAUUGUAUCCGUGGCUUUGGAGCCAAUGUCAUUUGGCGAAUAUUACGAAUCAUGGGAUUUGAUUAUUAAUAGAGCUCAUAAGGCGCGCGUGUCUCUAUGUGGGAAUGCAGAAGUGAGCCAGAUAGAUGUGAUGUCGCACGGCUACAAUCCGUCUGCUCACGCCAUGUACGAGUUCCCACCGACUAUCACUGGAUGCACCAAUUACUGUACCGCUUACCUACACAACUUGACAAGAAUGGAAAUACAUAUGAGAGUUCUCAACAACGUAGAGUGGCUGGGAGCGGACGACGGCGGUACGAUAGUGCUGCCACCGCGCGAGAUUGUGCGCUACCACUGGUGGUUCUUCCCCAAGGAGACCGGAAAAGUCUACGGAACAACUAUUUGCUGUUCUUGCGUUUGCCUUAUAAAUGGCAAACCCAUUGGUGAGCCGUCAGAAAUAUUUAUUAACAUUACAGGAUUUUCAGAAACGCCGGAUUUAAGGGUUCUCCCUAAGACGACAAAUCUUCAUGACUUGGUCGUUGGUGCGACCACAACAUUCAAUGUCACCCUAUACAACUACGGCACUUGUUUCUUCACUUCCAAACUGUAUUAUGACAUCGAUGGCAUGGGUGAUGACUUCCAAGGAGAUAGGAUCGAUAUUGAUAAUUCUAUUAACAGUCUUAAGCCGUCAAAUUACUGCGAAGUGAAGAUAUCGGUAACGCCUAAAGGUGCGGGCUCUCGUCAAGUUGAUAUACGAUACACUGUUCUCUAUCGGUCUGCUUACGAUGAGAUUGAAGAGAUACAACCCGUUACCAAGUCUAUCUGUACUUUCUGGUAUGAUGGAAUUUACCCAACUCUCAAGGUGAAACGCACAAUCUCUGUAAAAUGUCCAAUAAUAUUGAGUAAUCAUUGCUUAUGGAAUAUUACUAAUGUGGAAGAGUUAAAUAAAGCUUUAAUGGACGUUAGACCUAACAAUCCUUUGGACGUAAACCUUUUCGCACCGGAAUUGUGCAUUAAGGCGGGUCAAGUGGAAUUAGUGUUCGUUUUCGGUUGUGUAUACGCAGUUUCCGUGCCAUGGAAUAUAAGAAGAAGGAAAAUCUGCGACUGUCCCAUGGUUGAAGUACAAAUUGGUAUUUCAACAUUCGAGAUGAGACAUACAUGCGGUCAUAGAAACUAUGUUAAAUUAUCACCAAGCAAUGGAAUUGUCUCGCCGGAAAAACCAAAUCUUCUAUUUGUAGACAUCGAUUACGGUUACGAAGGACUCAAUACUUUAUGCUUUGUGAUGACGAUGCCCAAUCAGAGAGUUCUUCAUAUAUACAUAAAUGUUUACGCGCAUUUAAAUACCAAAGGCACUCUAGCACCAUUACGACGUCCUCAAAAAUCUGAUGAUUAUUUGGCCGUAUUGGAUUGUGGAAGAGUUCCGAUUAAUAAUUUGGAUCCUGUUAUUCGGAUCGUCUGGCUGUAUAAUCCUACAGAGGUGUAUACGACAUGGCGUUUACUAGCUGGUAAUACAUCGGCCUUCGACUCAGCUCUGCGUUGUCUGCAAUACUUCGCUGAGGUGUCGCCGUUAGAUAAACUGGCGAUACCUUUCGCAUUCUUACCAACAGAGAUGGUUGAUUAUGAGACAGUGUUUAACUGUUCUUUCGGUUAUGAUAUAAUCAAGAUAUUGGUGAAGGGACAAGGCGGUUUGCCUAAUUGCAUUGAAACACGUCUUGAUAUUCCAAGUUAUAUAGAGAGAAAUAUACGAGCAGCGUAUAGAGAAAAUGUGGUUUAUUUAUCUAAGAGCCACGUUACCUUACCAGUAAUGCCAACUCAUUCUCUAUCUAGAGAAAUAUUAGCGGUCUGUAAUGAUACGGACCACCUAAUAAGGUUCAUAUGGCUACCGGAAAGAGUUGCGAAUAUAAUAAACAUAGUAAUAACUCCAUGGUGGGGUGUUAUACAGCCAAAAUCGACGGAGUGGAUUACUAUGACUGUUUAUACUUUGCAAGAGCCGGCCACAUUUACUACAACGGUGUCCUGUGAAGUUUUGGACUUGACUGAAAGACGAAGAUAUCAGUGCAAUGAACAUUUAAAAAAGACUAAAAUAGAGAAAUGUAAUCAGGAAUUCAUUAUAACAGAAGAAGGACUAUCUCAUCCUGGAAUUAACGAUAGUCCCCCUUACGUAUUGGAUAUUGAAAAGCCGCAGCCAUUUUAUCUAUCCAUGUCUGUGUCGAUAUCGUCUAAGGGUCAACGAGAUGGUUAUCCCCGGUUACUUUUGAAGCAAAUGUGGGAACAGACUCCACCUUACGAUUUAUUAUCUACAGAAAUGCACUUACAUGACUGUGGCAAGGAAUUAACCACAAGUGGUAACAACAUGACUCUAAGUGAAAUCAUUCGAAUUAUAGAAGGGAUAUUGUGGGAUGCUUUAAAUAGCAAAAUGUUUAAAUAUCAAAUUGAGCAUUACACCAAAGAAGAAAUACCCACCUAUCAACAUCUAGUCAAUACUAUUGAAAGUGAUUCGAAGCCGAGAUUUAGUAAGAGGAUUACAUCUGGUAUAUGCGAUGCUAUUGUCAAUAAAGCAAUAUUCAACGUUUACAGUUUAAAUUCUAAAUCCAGUAUAUCCAUUCUGGAAGCGGAGUAACAUAUUU